AUGUCCGACUGUCGGGAUCUGGAAGUUUUAUCCAAACAGGAUCUGCUCGCUGUGACUCAGACGGACGAAGAGGAGCUCCACCACCAAAGAAACCAGCAGAAUAUGAUCAUUACACCUGAAUUAAAGGACCAAUCAGAAGGUCAGUCUCAGUCCUCCUGUUGGAUACAUAUUUAAUCCCGUUUCAGGGUUCAGCUUUUUGGUAAAUCGAAGGUUUUACUCAAUGUUCGCUGCUGCUAAAUACGAAGUUAGCAUCAGAGGCCGAGUGUGUAAAUGUCCAUCACCAACCCAAAGUGAGGCCCUGAACUCCAGUCAGACUUUAACACUGUGAGUCUCACACCUGGAUGUCAGUUAGUGUUGUGUCGUUCACAAACGAUUUGUUCAAAAGAACCGAAUCUUUUAGGUACGCACUUCCUCAAGUGAUUAGUUCGUUUCUCACUUCAGUGUUGUAUAAACAAAAAAUCUUCUAAUAUCAGUCAAUAGUUAUUAGUUAUUGAUGAUAUUUGGUAAUAUAUCGAUAUCUCUGUGUUCUCUUAUGUCUGUGUAGUCAACACUUUACAUUUUUGAGCGGUCCGCUCUUUCUGACUGUAAACAAAGUCGUUCUCCACCUCCACGACCUGAUUGGUUGUGAGGCAGAUGCUGCUCCCCCCGUGUCGUUCAGGAGCUCAAAUAAAGUUAGCGUGCUACAAUAUCAGACAGUAGAAACCAACCAGAAAGUUCGGAAAAUUGUCUGAAUCCUCCUUUGGCCCCGACUGCCGACACAAGCAAGAAAACAAAGUAAAUACCGGCUAAUAUCUGAAGGAGUCUUGAUCCCUGAUUGUUUAAAUGUUUUUUUUUUCCCUAUAUUUGUCAACUGUGAUUUUACUUUGUCUAUUGUGUAGUUGCUGACUUUGAAUCUUGGUAUCACAACAUUAGUUUACCAGCUGAAACAUUUUAUGAAGUAUCGCUCCUCCAAAACAUAAACUCACAACUUUCUUGAAUGUCUCUUCAUGUUUCUUCAGUCUAUAUCAGCGAUGUCCAACAGCUAAAAGCGAUUCAAAAGGAGUGGAGUCCUGGUCUCGAGCGGAAAGACACGAAGCCCUGGCACUUUGAAAAGGAACAAGAGGACCUCUGGAGCUGUCAGGAGGAGGCGGAGGCGGAGGAGGCUGAUAUCUCAAUGUUACCAUUCACUGUUGUCAUAGUGAAGAAUGAAGAUGAUGAAAAGGAACCUCAGUUUUUACAGUUUCAGCACAGCCAUCCUGAACGGACAGGAACUGAAGCUGAUUGUGAGGACUGUGAAAGAUCAGAAGAAGCCAGCAACUCUGAUUUGGAAGGAUAUUUACAACCAGAGAUGAAAGUCAAGACUGAGGACUCUUCUGAAUCAGAGACGAAGGACCGUGAUGAUAAAUGUAAGACAACUCGAGAUGUUCAGCCAGGUUUGAAGACUCUAGAAAACACUGAAGAGAUGACACCAAAGAUGAGUAAGAAACCACUGAGCUGCUCUCAAUGUGGUAAAACAUUCACUAGAAAUGGGUACAUGACUAAACACAUGAGGACUCAUACAGGAGAGAAACCCUUCAGCUGCUCUAUGUGCGGUAAAAGAUUUGCCCAAAAAAACUACGUGACACAACAUAUGAUAACUCACACAGGAGAAAAACCAUUCAGUUGCUCCAUGUGUGGUAAAAAAUUCUCCCAAAAGAACCAUGUGACCCAACACAUGAUACUUCACAUAGGAGAGACACCCUUCAGCUGCUCUCUGUGUGAUAAAAGAUUCGCCCUGAAGUAUCGCCUGACUCAACACAUGAUAAUUCACACCGGAGUGAAACCCUUCAGCUGCUCUCUGUGUGAUAAAAAAUUUGCCCAGAAGGGGUGUUUGAACAGACACAUGACGCGUCACACUGGAGAUAAACCGUAUACCUGCUCGACGUGUGAGAAAAGAUUCUCCCAAAAAGCACAUCUGGUCGAACACAUGAUAAUCCACACGGGAGAGAAACGAUUCAGCUGCUCUGUGUGUGGCAAAAGAUACACCCACAAAGAAAACGUGAGAAAACACAUGGCCCAUCACAAAGAGGAAAAGCCCUUCAUCAUCCAGAGUACAGGAGCGUGA